ACUGAGCAGUCGGUCGCACUUUCACGCCGAGCGGCUAGCGAGCCCCACCCCGGUCGAUGCAAGCUCAGGCUCCCUCACGGCAGGAGCCUGGCUCCGCGGUCGAGGCGGCGCUGCUCUGCAUCCCGCAGAGCCCCUCCGUCUCUCGGGUCCGCCGCUCCGCCUCCGGCGCCUCCGUCCUCUCGCCGUCGCCGCGCUCAAAGCCGCCGCGCCUCCAGCUCGUGCUCGACAUCGACCACACGCUGCUGCACGCUGCGCACGUGCCGGGCGGCGCCGAGGCGGUGCCGAUCGAUGGCGUCCACUCCUUUCUCCUCGACAACCCGCGCGCGCGCAGGCAGGACCGCUACCAGGUGCGCACGCGGCACGGGCUGCACUCGUUUCUCCACGAGGUGCAAAAGUUCGCCGACGUGCACAUCUACACGAUGGCGGCCAAGUCGUACACGCGCAAGGCGCCUCGGCUAGUCGUGCACAGUGGGCUGCGUCAGUUCUUGCUGACCACAAGGCGUUCGCUCGCCAGGUCCUCAACGCGAUCGAUCCCGAGGUGCGGCUGAUCCGGGGCCGGGUCCUCUGCCGCGAGGACAACCAGCCCGACAACUUCAGCAAGAGCCUCUCCCACCUCCAGCCUGCAGACGCAGAGCCUGCGGAGCUCGACGAGUUCAAGGAGAGAGCUGGCCGCGGUGCGGCAGAGGUGGCGGCGCCUCUUCACAGCUUGCAGCUGCGAUCAGGCGGCGUACCUCGUGGUGGACGACCGCGACGAGGCACGCGACACGCAUCUCUCCGCCGGACAAACAACCGACCGUGACUCAUCGCCCAGCUGCUCACGCCCUCGAUGUCCAAACAGGCGACCGACUCGAGGUCUCUCGAGGUCUCUCGGCCGGCGAAUCGCUCGCCGUGAGUCCGUGGCUGGUUGCUAGGUGUGGGACAACGUG